AUGGCCAACUUCAUCGGCGCCAAAGCCGCAGAUUACACGGCCACAGGGACUUGGCGAACAGCCCUUCUUCCAGAGACUCGGCUUCCGAUCAUCGACCAUGAGGAUAUCGCAAGGAUUGCGGUUGAAGCCUUCAAGGAGCCAGAAACAUUCAAAGACGCCGACAUCACGCUUUUCUCGAAGAUGAGAACCCCGGCGAAGUGGCUGGGAUGCUGGGCAGGGUCACGGUGA